AAAGCUCGAUUUCCUUCCUCGGGGAAUUCUGGCUCAUCUUACAGUUGAGUUUGAUCACCUGAUGACACCAUCACCAGGAUUAUGAAGGCUAUCUCAGUAGAUAAUGAAGGAUAAUCAAACGAUGACCACACAAUGAUAAUAAUAAUUGCUAAUAGAGUAGGUUUAUAGCGUACGUGACCUUUGCCCGUCCAACUGGGUUUGCACCAUUCCUUCCAUCCACAGGAAGGCGAAAAGUAGAAGGGGGGAAACAGCAAUCUCAAAAAAAAAAAAAAAAAGCAGUAGAAGAGGGGAAAGGAAGAAGUGGGGACGGAACUCGAAGGUGGAAUCCAUUCCGUCACCAUUCACGCCCUUGCCCUUGGCAGCCGCAGCAGACGCCUCGCUUACUCUGCGCCUGAGCUGGGGAAGGAGGAGGAGGAGGGAGCCGCCGACCCCGAUCUCUGUCACCGUCGUCGUCGCUCUCCGCUUCGGGCUGAGCCACGCCAGGUAUCGGCUGCCUGCCGGAUCACCGUGACAAGAUGAGCGACAACCUCAUGGACAAAGUUAACGCCCUGGGCGAGCGCCUCAAGAUCAGCGGCGCGGAAGUUAGCCGCAAGAUGUCCACCGGCGUCACCAGCAUGAGUUUCAAGAUGAAGGAGUUUUUCCAGGGCCAGAACAUGGCCGACAAGAUUGUCGACGAGGCCACCUUGGAGACCAUGGACGGCCCUGAUUGGGCUACCAAUCUUGAGAUAUGCGACAUGGCCAACACCGAGAGGGUCAACAGCGUCGAGCUCAUCCGCGCCAUCAAGAGGCGGAUCAUGCUCAAGAGCCCCAGGGUGCAGUACCUGGCUCUUGUCCUCCUCGAGACCAUUGUCAAAAACUGUGACAAGGCUUUCUCCGAGAUUGCUGCGGAGCGGGUCCUUGAUGAAAUGGUCAAGCUUAUUGAUGACCCACAGACUAUAGUCAACAACAGAAACAAGGCGCUCAUGCUUAUUGAAGCAUGGGGAGAGUCAGGAGAGGAGCUCCGCUACCUUCCCGUCUUUGAAGAAACUUACAAGAGUUUAAGAUCUAGGGGGAUUCGCUUCCCUGGCCGCGAUGAUGAGAGCCUUGCGCCAAUAUUUACUCCUCCCCGUUCAGUACCGGCAGCUGAACCGUAUUCUGAUGCAGCACAGGAUGGGUAUCAAGAAAUUCCAGAUGAAAGUCUUGCUCCUGUUCGUGCUGCCCCUUCUGUACAAGUCGAUGAGGCUUUUGAGGUGGCUCGUAAUAGCGUUGAACUUCUUUCCACGGUGCUAUCAUCAUCUCCACAAAAAGAGGCUCUGGAGGAUGACUUGACUACCACCCUGGUCCAGCAAUGCCAACAGUGUCAACACACGAUCCAGAGAAUCGUCGAGACUGCAGGUGAUAACGAGGCUCAACUCUUCGAGGCACUGAGCAUCCACGAUGAACUUCAGAAAGUUCUGUCCAAGUACGAAGACCUCAAGGAGCCCAUUGUCGCAGAGCCUGAGCCAGAACCAGCGAUGAUUCCAGUCACGGUGGAGCCCGAGGAAUCCCCACGCGCUGUUGGCAAAGACACCCCCGCAAGGAAAUCGGCUGGGUCCGGUGGUCGCUCUAGCGGCGGGGAUGACUUGCUUCAGGAUCUUGAUGACAUGAUCUUUGGUAAGAAAGCCGGCACCUCCUCUCAGCAGGAAAGAACUCCCCGGAAGGAGCAGAAGGACGAUUUCAUUGGUUUAUGAUCAACGGGUAUAUAUAUAUAUCUAUCCGGCUGAAACUUGUCAUAAAGGUGUUGCGUGCUCAGUGCAUUUCCAAACUUUGAUACAGGUCUGUGCUUGCGCGUCUAUCUUCUCCUGUAUCUCGGGGAUUGCUGUAUAGUGGUAGAUGUCUAACGUUGCAGUGAGUUUCAUGUGAGACUCCUUUUCUUUCUGUGGUUGUUAUGCGUGCCAAAUUAUUGGAAAUUUGGAAUGCUGGGGCUGCUCACAUGUAUCGCAGAUUGAGUUUCAUGUAUAUUUUGUAUAACGUUUCGGUGAUA